GAAUACUCCCCAUAUCAACGGUCGACGUGGUAUCUAACUCGACUGUUUCAAAAAAAUCACGAGGACUACAGCUCAUGAUUGGGACUGUUUGUUUCCAACGAUAGUUGCCAACCUCAAUCCUGUCUAGUAUCUGUUCAGUGACCCGAUUACUUCCUAGUGAUCAGACUGGAGAGACACCGAAAUCCCAAACGCUUGAGCGUUUGCUACGAGACAUACAGGUACGUCCUUCGCCGCAUCACGGAACUGCUAUUCGAACCGCCUUCAGAACCCAUCCAUAUCGCCGCUUGCCAGCAGAUAAAAAUCCGGUGGAAAGGAAGAACGCCCAGGCCAGGUAUUUUCCUCCAACAGCACCACAUUGUCAGCAUAUUCCAUCAUUAUCAUUGCCCGAACGUGUAUAACCUGCUGAAACACGGUCAUUAAGGAACCACCGAAUCGAAAAUCAUCCUACACACAUUAUCACCAUGGCCGGGCAACAAAAGGCCAACGCCGCCGUCCCCUCUCCAUCAACAAAACCCGCCGGUCAAGGUGCCGGUGUGGUUCCCGAGAACCUCUACCACACGACCCUGACCGUAAUCGACCACCACGCCACCACCUCCGGCGCCAUCAACAACCUGCACGUCCUCGGCACGCACACCACCUUAGACGCCGCCAAGGCCUUUGCCUACCACGAUGCCCUCCGAUCCCUUAACUACCAACCCUACGACUUUAGCAUCUACGCCACCCGCGAGAGCUUCGGCAUGCCUCUUGAGGGGCAACCACCGACAACAGCAGCACCAGUAGCAGCAACAGCCGCGGCACCCGCAACAACACCCAAACCGACAACAGCAGCAGCGAAAGUUGCGGCGGAAAACUCGGGGGCAUACGAAAGUGGUUACUCUACAGACACAGGCGCCGCCUCCGACACCGACACCGGCGGCCCUCCCAUCUGGCCCUACGGCGAUGAAGUCCUAGUCUACGCCAAGGCGCGUGGCGGCCAGGAGUUUCUCCUUGGCGUCGUCGAGACGCCUAACACGGAGCAUCUUGCUUCGGGAGGGGCCGUGUAUGGGAAUACUCCGGUGCUUCCUACCAAGUCCAAGUCCACCAAACCCACCUCCACUACCUCCCCCAAAUCCAAAUCAAAGCAGCCACUCGAGAAAGAGGAAGAGGCCGAACCCUCCGACACCGAACUCUCCUACGUAAUCCAAACCAAAACCGACUACAACCAAGCCCUCGCCCCAGGCCAACCCGAGCCCACCACGCGCCCCCGUCGCCGCUCCUCCAUCACCCGGCUCUUCCAAGCCUGCGAGAUCGAGGCUUGUUUCCCGCACAAGAGCGACGCCAUCGACUUUGCUCGGCGCUGGCUCGACUCCAAAAAGGAUUCGGGCAUGUUUGUGCAGUAUGAUGAACAACAAACACCGCGCUCUCUCCCGACUUUAAGCAAAGAAGAAGAAGAAGACAACGAAGAAGGGCAGCAAAUUUGGCCGUUUGGAGAAGAUGUGCUUGUUCAUGCAGUCGCCUCGACGGGGGAGAAUUAUUGUGUGGCGGUUCGGACGGCGGAGGGGGCGAGGGAGAGGUUUGGGAAGAAGGUGGUGAGGAGAGGGGGGAGGGAGGUGCCCAGGGAGGAGGGUGGUGUGAGGAGUUAUUAUGAGGAUAGUCCCAAGAUUGCGACGUGAGUUGGGUUGAAUUGGGGAUGGUUGUAUUCGGGGACAGAAGGGGGGGUGAUGAUGGCAGGUGGUGAUGGGAGGUGGGAGGAAAAUGGCAGGAAAAUGGCAAGGAAAAUGGGAGGAAUGGAUGGGGGUCGGAGACGUUCGUCGGAGUCAGAUCGGAGA